ACCAGUGUUCAGCAGUUCAACAGUUAUUAGAUGAAUAAUAAUAUAAUAAAUCACGUGCUUUAUAUCGCGUUUUACGUCAUUCCGUGUUUUCACACUGAUUAAAAGUGUUAUGCGUAAACCUGUUUAUACAGAAAAACGGAUCGCAAAAUAUAUGAAAAAUAUGGAACUUAAAAAUAUAGAACUAAGACCGAGAAUCGUAGAUGCUCUAAGAUAUGCAAACUUUGAAACUGUAUCAGAUGUGAUAUAUCAUAACGAAACAGAACUUUCAAAGAUUUUAAACCUAUCUUCAAAGGAUAUAAAAGAACUUGUAAAAUGUAUAGCACAAGAGAUAAUAAAACCAUGUCCAUUAAUAUAUCCACUUACAAACGCUCUAAAAAUGCUUAAUUCGGGAGAACAAUGUAUGUUAACUACGGGUGAUGACAUAAUUGAUAAAAUCCUCGGCGGGGGAAUUAUGUCACGUGGAAUUACAGAAAUUGUAGGCGAGAGUGCUGCUGGUAAAACACAAUUAUGUUUACAACUUUGUUUAACAGUCCAAUUGAAAAAAGAAUUAGGUGGACUUGAAGGAGGAGCGGUAUAUAUAAGCACCGAAGGAAAUAUUCAGAUGCUAAUAAAACGAACGCGGCAAAUGACACACGCGAUGAAACAACGAUAUGAUGAUCACCUUAAAGAUGUGGAUUUAUUGGAUAAUAUUAAAUACAUUACUGUUCCUGACCUGGACACACAAUAUCAAGUCUUACAUUUACAGUUACCAAUAUUACUUUCUCGGAGUAAGAUCCGGUUGGUGAUAAUUGAUUCUAUUGCAGCCAACUUUAGGGUUGCAUAUAAUUCAUCUAACGGCUCAACAUUACUUCAACGAUCUAAAGAACUUUGUAGAUUAGGAACUAAACUCAAAGAAAUAAGUGAUCACUUCCAAUUACCUAUAGUUUGUGUCAAUCAAGUUUCUGAUUUAUUCUCUAAAAAUGAUAUUAGAGAGUAUAUUGGAAAUAAAGAUGACAAUUUUUGGGAAUAUGAUUAUUAUCAGAAACAAUUUUUAGCUGGAAAAGGUUCAAAAAUCCCAGCAUUAGGCUUGGUGUGGUCAAAUACAAUUAAUUCAAGGAUUAUGCUAUCCAGGGCCGAUAGAACAUUAGUAGGCAAUGAAGAUAAUAAUCAAAGGACAAUCACAUUAAUGAUGGCUCCUUAUGCACCUAGACGUUGGGGUGAAUUUUAUAUUGAUUUCGAAGGAAUACAUGGAAAGACUAACGAACAAUUGUAUUAUUAA